CAGAAUUCCCUAGCAGAGUCGGCAGCUAAAGCAGUCUCAAACUGGACUACUUCUCCAGUGUGUUUUGGGCCUAAGCUGCUGUUUUUUAUACCAUAUUACUUUUCACUGAUCUGAUUUGGAAAUAUAUAAAUGAUAAAUGGAAAACUGACAGGUUUUUUUUUAAUCCACUCAGUGUAAAGAAGUUUGUAAUACAUCAGUUACCAUAGUUUUUGUAGUGAGAAUAUUUUUCUUCAGUAGAUAUUUAUAUAGAACUGUUCAGGAAAAAUAUAAAGGUCCAUAUAUAGUAUGAACACAACAGAUAAGAUGGCGAUUAUCCAUCAUGUUUUAUCAGCCACAUAAUUCUUACUGAAAGUUUUUUCAGCACAUUAAAUUAACAUGAUUAGGUAUAAUCUUUCACUUCCUUUAUUGACAGACUUCUGCUAUGUAAAUAAGGUGGUUCAUUACUUUUCCCUUCUACAAUUCAUUUGUGGAAAAUCACAAAUGUAGUUUUACCCAUAUUGAAUUCUGUAUAAGUGAUAUGGCACUUUCUUGUCAAAUAAUAAAUCCAUGGGGGGAAAGGUUUUCAGAUAUUUGUAUCUUGUGUUAGCUUCAGAAGAAUUGUUCCACCUCCAAACCCCAGAAAUCACAUGUCUGAGGGUGACUAAGCGUAACUUUGUUCCUCUUAACUGAAAGUGAAGCAAAAAAGCAUAGCCCUCUCUCUGACUUCUCUGAAAAUGGUUUAAGGAUACAUAAACAUGUUUCAGCUUGCUGUUAUGAUCCUUUCUGUUUAUGGAUUUACCAUGGCAGAAGAAAAAUACCUGCUUUGCAGAUCAGAUGACCUGGACAUUUUCUUUUCCUCUUGCGGUCCUGGACGUAUCAUAUUCUUUUUUAGAGUAGAACCAUGUUCAUUAAAGGUUUCUGUAUGGAGGGGACGUAUGUUCUGGAUCCCAAAGGCUGAUAUAACCACUUUGGCAGCACGUAUUGGCUUGUGGCAUGAAGGAACAAAAGUCUUAAAAUGGAAAACUAUUCUUUGCCAUGGUGUCGAUGAUGACUAUUCAUUUUGUGGAACUUUGAAGGGAGAGACGAUCAACACAACUGUGAGGAUCAGUGGUGCUCAACCAACAUAUUUACAGAUACCACCUGCAUCCAGGUGGAGAGCAAAAGAGCAAAUAGGCAGUGAUAUCUACUGCUCCUGCUUCACGCUACCAUCAUCGACUGAGCAAGAAUGAGAGGGAGAAUAUACAGCUGUGUUUGAAGCAUUCUCUGGUUACUUUGAGGAGCUGGUAGCCUGUAUGAAUUACACACUCAUCAUUAAACAGAAGCUUCAUUGAU